AUGUGUGACUGCAUCUGCGACUGCCUGGGUGGCUGCUGCAAGUGUCUCUAUGAUGCGACCCGAAGUAUUCCCAUCCCGAGCAUCUUCUCCUUCCUGCUUUUCUUGACCGGCUACAGCCUAGCCGUCUCCGGGAGAACGCAGUCCAUCGUGGCCCUGGACCAGAUGGGACUCAACACUCUCACAGCUCUGCUGCACGACUUGGGCUUCGGCUUUUUCGUGGCCUUGAUCUUCAACUUGCUGUCCGUGAUGGCUGCCUUCCUAGCAAGUGGCAAGACACGCGAGAUGGUCUUCAGUCGCGCCGACUACUGCUGCACAGCCUGCUUUCAAUUCUUGCUGGGGCGCUGCGCGCUGAGCCUCAUACUGGCUGGGAGCCUUGCGAUGUUGAUGGUUGACACAGUGCUUCUCUUCGGCAUAGCCAGCGCAUCGUCGCUGGUAUUGCAGGUCGAUGCGGCAUGUGGGCUGAGGUCGGUCAUGAUUUCUGUCGCAGAUGCCGUGUCACUGCUGACGCACACCCACAUCUCCCUGGACGUGUUUGACUCUAUUUGCAGGUCAAAUCUCUCAACCGGCUUCACACUCCUGGCCACGGGCACAUGCCUCUUAGUGCUGGGACAGACAUUGCUGAUAGUCUUUCUGUCGUCCAACUACACCAGAAUCAUUCUGCAGCCUUACCUGGCUUCGCACCAUAAGGACCAUAAGGACUCAGACCAUCGGGCAUAUGGCUCCACAGAAUCUACAGCACCGUGA